GUACGACUCGUACGAAUCCUACGACUCGAGGUCUUCCAUGAACGACCGCGACAUGUACCGCUCCGGCUACGAUUACAACGAAUCCGAACACGACAACGAUACCGCCUACGAAGGUCCCUACGACAACUUCUACGGGAACCGUCGGGAUCAAUACCAGAACAGAGCCCGGGAUAAUUUUGGUCAACGGGGUCAAAAUUGGGGUAGAGACGGACGCAAUAACAGACCCAUGGCGUCUUCCUAUCCCGGGCGCAUGGGUGGACAGUGGAAUGAGCCUCCGCAAUCGAUGGGAUCGCGGGGUCUCGGUCCCCACGGCUCCUCCAGGCUCCCUUCCCUCUUCUCCCACAACAUUAUCCCAGAACUUGGCAUGUUCCAGGGAAUGCGAGGGUUCGCGGGGAAUAUGCGCUACGGAGGUGGAAUGAUGAAACAACGAAUGAGGAGAAACUGGAAAAUGUGGGACUCGGAUUUUAAACCCCAGAAAAAGAAAAUCAAAAAAGAUCCCACUGGCAAGAAGCGGAAGCAAACAAACAGCUCCGAUGAACCCGACAGCAAGGCGGCGAAGACGGAUGGCUCCGACAACUCCGAUUCCGACAACGGUAAGGGCGGAGGGGCUUCGCG